AUGUUUUCCUCGGCUUACUUUUUGGCUUCUGGUCUCUUCGUUGCUUUUGCUGCUGCAAACGUCGAGAUCAUUAACUAUGACGGCGGGAGCGAUUAUAAGCACAAUCUUUGCAAAGUUCGCGUAGGCAGCAAGGAUCAAACCGUCCAUGACUGUUAUGGGAACACCGACUAUUUUGGGUUUGAUGUCCGCGAUGACGGCAACUGCAGUGAAUGGAUGAACAAUUCCGACGUCUAUGGCCCCCUUUGGCUCUGCAAUAAUCAGGCUCAAAUAUGGCUUAGGGGAACUGUCAUCGAGUUCAGUAACACGAAUGGAGACAAGGCAAAAUGUGACCUAUAUAAGGUUAAUUCUGGUGCGAACUGCGUCCUCAAGGAUGAGUAA